AUGAUGGAUCUAAGGGAUCAUUUCUCGCAGGAUGCCACUGACGAUAUUGAGAGAGUGUUUUUAAUUCACAUGGAUAAUCGUGCAUUUGUGAACUAUCGGUCCGCAGCAGCUUGUGCUGCUGUUCUGGCGAGACUCCAUGACUCUAUCCCAGGGUGCGCGUCUAGCGUGCUCGCUCCAAUGUUUUGUCGUAACUGCAGCACUGGUUCCUGCAUGGACAAAUAUCUCGGCCAGGCGUACCUUUUUUCAGGCCACUUUACGGCAAUCCGGCAUUUCUGCGAGGUUCUUGGCUCCGUCUUCUCAAGCGACCCCUCGACCUCGUUCAGCCGAACCUAUGUACCUUCACCAUCAGAAGUGGUGCCAGAUACUGCUCGGGCAGUGUAA